AUGGCUGUUCCAAGUUCCGUUUUGAAAGUAGAAGAAAUUCAAGGAAGAGGAAGAGGAAUUGUUGCAUCUCAGCCUCUCAAAGCUGGCCAAAUCAUCCUCAAAGAUUCUCCAAUCCUUCUCUACCCUACUUCCCCUUUCUCUCAACACUCUUCUUCUUUUUGUGACCAUUGCUUCAAAUAUUGUUCAUCAUCUUCACUUGUUUCAUGCCCUUCUUGUAACCGAUAUCGCUUUUGCGAUUCGACUUGUCUCUCGAAAGCUCUGAACUCCUCUCAUUCUACCUUUGUUUGUCAAUCAUUAUCUAAACUAGAAUCCAAUCUGCUUCUCCUUCAACAAGCUGUCGAAUGUCAACUCCAAGCUCGUUAUCUCGUUGCUGCUUACAAUCUUGCUGUUAACAACUCGUCAAAUUUUCAGAUUUUGUUGUCUCUUCAGGGUUCUUUUGAUAAUGACGGUGCAGCUCAGUUUCUACAUCCCAUUAUUUCAUCCCUGUUUUCGCACCCGCAUAAUGAAUUAUUUUCUUUGCAACUCACUUCUUCACUUCUUGCUAAGGAUAAGCUCAAUGCUUUUGGUAUAAUGCAUCCUUUCUCUGAAAAUGAUGAACAUAGGUCUGUUAGAGCUUAUGGUAUUUACCCUUACGCAUCCUUUUUCAACCAUGAUUGUCUUCCCAAUGCCUGUAGAUUUGAUUAUGUUGACGUGAAUCCACCUUAUCAUGCCGAUGGUCUUAAUAAUACGGAUUUUGUUAUUAGGAUGAUUCAUGAUGUUCCACAGGGUAGAGAGAUUUGUUUGAGUUAUUUUCCUGUUAAUGAAAACUAUUCUAGUAGGCAGAAAAGAUUGUUGGAAGACUAUGGUUUUGCGUGUAAUUGUGAUCGAUGUAAUGUCGAAUCGAAUUGGUCAGAUAAUGAGAGUGUUGAAGAAAAUGCAGAGGAGGAUAAACAAGAGGUUAUGGUUAUGGAUGAGGAGGAGGAGGAUGAGCAAUGUGAAAACAUGGAACCAUCAGAUACUGAUAAUAACGAUUUCCCACAUGCUUAUUUCUUUUUAAAAUACAUGUGUGAUAGAACAAAUUGCUGGGGAACUUUAGCUCCUCUACCACCUAAGGGGGAUGCAUUAUCUAAUGUCAUGGAAUGUAAUGUCUGUGGUAAAUUGAAGAGUGAUGAUGACGACAUCAAUGUCGAUGAUAAAGGGCAAGAUGGAGAAGUUCCUAUGGAGGACUAA